AUGUCAUCUUGCAAGACUAAUGAAUGUCAAAGGCCGCCUCUUCUUGCUUUAUAUGAUAAAAUAAGCAGAUUAAAAUCAUUGGAUCGAAUUUUGAUAAAUACAGGCUCUAAUUUUAAAGCUAAAUCACCACAAAAAUCACCUGACAUUAGGGCAAUUCUUGAUCAUUCUAAACUUUCUAUUGAAAGAUCAAAAUCCUCCAAAGCAAUUGACUAAUAAUUAAAUCAUUAAAAACGAGAACAGAAAAACGACAUACGAAAAGAAGGCCAGCUUUUGCAAUUAUAUUUAAUGUGUAUGCAUAAUUCAUUAUAAAACCAGAGAUUAGUAAUUAAUUUAUAAAAGAAAGCAAAGAUAAUAGAACCGAUAAGUGUCUUCAACUUCUGGAGCCAACCUUUGUACAUUAAAUAUGUAAGAAAUCAGUUUAAUUAACUUAGUGAACUUAAAUUCAUUAAUUCCAAUUAACCCAAACUUAAAAGCAAAUAUAAAUUUUCAAGAUAUCAAGAAGAACUCUGCAUUGCAUUACGCAGUGUUGAAUGA